UGAAUGCAGCAUCAGUACUGCAGCCGCCAACGGUGCCGCUGUCUGACGAUGGUAGGCUGGAAAGACGGAUGGUCAGGGCCGUCCUCGUCUAACCUGAACAUGCAAGUUUAACUCGAUUCAUGCCCGGUUAUAGUGCUAAACCAGGUUACACGUGUAUUCAGCCUUAGCUAGUCGCAUUACGGUGAUUUUCAUGAUGGAGGACGACUGUGUGUGUGAGUACGACUCGACCUGGGACACAGAGAGUGAUGGAGACGACCCGGCCGGAGAGAGCCAAACCCGUCGGUCAUGUCAAGACAAAAACAAAUCUGGCUGGACAUUAAAUUGGCAUCAUACGCCCAGAAACAUGAGGGCAGCAAAGGACAUGCAGAACUACAGAAGAGGCUAUCCAAAUCUUACAGAUGACGAGUGCUCAGAAGACAAAAUGAACAACUUGCAGUUUUAUCUCAAUAAAUUUCCCUCUGCUCCUGAUGAUGUCUACAUUGAAUCUUUUCUCAAGGAAUGGAAAAAUGAUUACAAAAGACUGGAGAGAGUGCACUCGUACAUUCAGUGGCUGUUUCCACUGCGAGAGCCGGGGGUUAAUUACAUGGCUUCAGAACUCACCAAGAAGGAAAUUGAGGCCUUCAAGAAGAAUGAGGAUGCCAAAAAGAGACUAGUUGAGUCCUAUGAACUCAUGUUGGGCUUCUAUGGCAUGCGUUUGAUGAACAAAGAGACGGGUGAAGUGAAACGAGCUGAUAAUUGGAAGGAGCGAUUUGGAAACCUGGAGCGGAAUAUGCACAACAACCUGCGCAUCACUCGCAUCCUGAAGAGCCUCGGAGAGCUGGGCUUUGAGCACUACCAAGCCCCACUUGUGCGCUUCUUUCUGGAAGAAACUCUAGUCAAGAAGACCCUCAGCAGUGUCAAACGCAGCGUGCUUGACUAUUUUUUGUUUGCUGUCCUGGACAAGCAGAAGCGUCAGGAGCUCAUUCGCUUUGCAUAUCAUCACUUUGAGCCAAAGGACAAGUUUGUGUGGUGUCCCAGAAAGAUUCAGAAACAAUUCAGGAAGGCAGAGAAAAGAUCUGAUGCCGUCGGGAACGGAGAUGGAAAAGAUGAAGCGUAUUCACGGAGUAAAAGCAAAGAUGGGGAAGCAGUUGUACAACAGAAAGAAGAAGGACUGGAUAAUGUUACAAAGGCACAGAAAGGAGCUGAUAAAACCGCAAGUAAAGACAAAAAUAAACAGUCUGAGGCGUCACCUGAGCCAAAACCAGAAGUGGAGACCGUUGGGAAUGGAAACGCAGAGGCUGAGCCUAAUAAUGAAAUUUUGGGGAAUGGAAAUGACUCUACAGGUGAUGUUGAUGAAAUGGAUCAGUCGCCCAGUCCUGAGUCUGUGACGGCAAAAACUGAGCCUUGUGUGGACAAAGAGGACACAUUGACCAAUAACUCAAAGGAUACUGCCAAGGAACCAGACAACAUUAUGCAAACAGAUGGGGACAUAGACACUGAAAAACCACCGAAGAAGAAGAGAGAAGAUAACAAGGUACUGCCAAGCAAUGGCUCUGCUGGGGACGCCGCCAGUGGACAGAUGGAGGAGAAAGCUGGUGCUAAUAAAGCCACCGGUCAAAUGAGCCCAUCAGCGCAAACCCCCCCUAAGACUUCAAAACAUUCACCUUCUCUUUCCUCUGGAAGGGAGGAGAAAAUCCCAAGGACUGAUUUUAAUCAAGUGCCAGAUAAAAAGGAAGAGGAAGAAACGUCGCAGGCAAAUGUGCCAGCAACAAAUGGGUCAGCGACGAGCACUGAGAAAGGUGUGGAUGAACAGAUAAACGCGAAGGAGUCGGAGGAUAUUGAUAUGGAAUCAAACCCUGUGAGCUCUGACCAAAAUGUGGAGAGUACAUGAAUAAACUCGAUGAUAGGAGAAAAUAGAUUAAUUUGAGGUUAAAUGAAAUGUAAUAUAGGGACAGAGUACUUAAAAAGACUUCCUGGGCCUUAUUUCUACUAUAUUUGAUGUUUAGAUAUGAAUUCUUUUCACUUUGAAGGAGUAUAUGAAUUAAUUAACUCGCUAAAUGUGGGACUGGAUGUGACAGUUUCCACAUGACCAUCAGACAAUAUUAAAGGAGAGGGCUAGUGAUAUUCUGUAUUUUUGUUGUUGUCAACAAAUCCCACGAAAAAGACAAAAAUAUAUUAGAGACUCAACACGCCACAGAGAGUAAACAUGCUAGCAAUAUUAGCUUACUUGCAGUAGUGCUCCCAUGGAGGAGCCAGUGGGGUCCAUGGCCACCCUGAUACAAUUGUUGGCCUCCUAGCAAAAAUAACUGUCGGCCAACAUUACUGCCUUGAAGAGGCUGUGGCAUGCUCAUUUUUUAAGCUAGCAUAAAGGCAGGGUUACUUUGUGAAACAAGACAGCCUAAAGCGGGAUUUAUACUUUUGCGUCAGAGCCUACGCACGUGGCCUGUGUUGUUGUGAGCAUUUAUACUUGUUCGGUGGUGUCUGUGUCACUCUGCAGUUACACCUCCAAACAACUAGUCGGCUGUAGGGUUUCUGUGAAGCGCUGUAAAGCUUAGUUGUUCAAAACACACAUUAAACAUGGCUUAAUAGAGACAAUUUCAAACGCAAGUACACAAAUUUGGCUUCACAAUAACUUGUAGCAUUCACAGACAAAGCUCUUGUCUUUAUCUGGACACAUUUUCCCCACAAAUACAACAAGCUAACAUUAUUAGCAUGAGCCUCUGGCAUUUUACAUUGUAUAAAUUAGCUUAGCAGCUAGCGGACAUUUCCUCUAUCUGUAUGAAGCCAGGGACAACAGCAACAUUUAACAAAGGUAACAUAACAAAAUUUGACUCCAUUACAACUCACAAGGUUCACUGACAAAACAACUGUCUUAUACUAAACACAUUUUCCAAACUAAUUUAACAUGCUAACGUUAUUAUGUUAUUAUUACAUUGUAUAAAUUAGCCUAAUAUCGGAGAUUUCCUCUGCUCAUAUGAAGACAGGAUAAAUCACAACCAAGACUAAAAUGCUAUUUUGUGCUGGCUUUAUUGUCUUCAGUUUAUUGUUUUCUAUCCGUGAAAUUAAAGUAAAUAAAAGCUUUUUUUUCCACUGAGGGAAAUUAGGUCUGCAUUUCUGGGGAGGUGCAUGUCAGGCUUCAGUGUAGGCUCUACGUUGAUGCAGAACCUAUGCUGUAGGUACGGCUUCGAUUUGACGCAUAAGUAUGAAUCCUGCUUAAGGCAUCAAUUGGUUGUCGGAAAAGGGGCUAAGUAACGCUGCAAAUUUAGGUUACAUUUUGGUGAGGGAACAACUGGCAUGGCCAUUUUCAAAGGGGUCCUCUUGAACGUUUUGUGGACACCAACUGAAGUUUAGAAGGCUUGUUGCCAGAAAAUGUUUUGUUCCUUACAGUCAAUGUAAUCCUUAAAAUUAAAGCUGUGCAUUUGUCUUUUUUAAAAGAAGGACAAGCAGCCUGUUUGGAAGACAAUGAAUUGCCUAACAUGUAUAGAUACAUAGCACAUUGAAACAGGAAUGUUGUGGAACUCAAGCUGUUAACUGUACCAGUAUUAGUCUAUACAUUAUCAGGUAAUUAGUAAUAUUAACUGUAAGAUAAGGACACGUUUAUUAGUGCUCAAUUCCUUAACUAUCUAUAUGGGCAUAGUUCUCAACUGGCCUCCUGUAUAUACUUAAACUGUAUAAUCAAAUUCCUGGUAUUCAGUUAUGGCUGACCUGUCUGUGGCUCUCAGCUCCCAGCGCACUGGUUCUUAUCAAACUUCUUAUCUAUAGAAAUAGGUCAUAUGUUUUUCAGUUAAAUAAUUGCACAGCAGGUGACUAGUAUUUAUCAAAUGUUACUUAAUCUGGAGUAAAUAUUGAUUUUCUGUCAGAGUAUUUGUAGCUGGGGUUUUGAGAGUAUGUACAGCAGCAGGACAGUUCAUGUGGGAUCAACUGUAGAUGAACUACAGUGUUUAUUUUAAUGGAAGAAAUGCAUCAGCCAGAAACACUGCGGCUCAUUGAUGUGUUUUAAUAUACAGACAGUAUAUGUGAGUGAUGUGAAUUAAUUGUUUUGGUCUUUUUAUGUGGGAUUUGUUGACAAAAAGAGAAAUAUAGAACAUUACCAGACUCAUCCUCUUUAGAUACUAAUGACUAAGGCUGAUAUUUAAUAUGUCUACAGAAUACAUAAAGCACUAUUAUUAAUGUAUGUUAAUGAAAUGAUGGUUUCAGCAUUUUUUUAACACCUUAAUACUUUCACAAUUGAACAUUUUUUUUGCACUGAAAAAUAAUUGGAAGAGCUUUUGUUUCUCUCUUCGGGCUGUUUGUGUGUGAGUAAAAAUCUGUACUGGUUUGUGUUUCUGCUGGACCCUGCUAUUCAAAUAGAAUUAAGACUGAAUGUCACUUAAGUUACAUUUCGAUGCACAGUCUGUGUGUUUUCAUGCAGAUUUGGGAAGUAGACUUGACGAACAACUGAGAGCCUUGCCAAAAAAAAAUGUGAUGAGACUGGUUGAUUGUACAAAAUGUAUGUCUUCUCAGCAGAACUGAUGAAGCUUUGGCUAUAAUUUAAAGUCCACUGUAUGUUAAUUUGACAUGAGUGAAGUCCAUGAACAUUUACAAGCCAGGGUGAGUAUAUUGAUGCAUCUUUUUAUAUUUGCACUUAAUUUUCACUAGUAAUUAUUGAAGUUAUGGUAUUUGCAUAAUGAAAUGGUAAUAACUUUACAAAAGUACUGAAUUCUUUGUAUAUGACUUUUUU